AUGCCGACUAGUAGUCCGUUAUUCAAUAUAAAUGAAUUAACCGAUGAGCAACAGAAAAAAUUCGAAAUUGUGUAUAAAGAACUGCAAACGAAUUAUACGUCGUAUAUUGAGUUCAAAGGUAGUUUACAAUUGAAGAAUCCGAUGGAACAAGAAGAAGAGGAAAACGAAUGGCAGUAUCAAUUGUAUCGGUUUCUUCGAGCACGCAAAUGGAACAUUGAACAUACGAUAAAAUCGAUUCUAGAAAUGCUGAAAUGGCGAAUGGAUAAUCGAGUGGAUGCCAUUCUCGAACAAGAGAAAAUCGCUGAACGCAUGGCCACUCUUCGAAAAAUAGUUCCAAAUGCGAAUCACGGAUACACUAAAGCCGAUCGACCACUCUACAUCGAAAAAUCUGGUAUUAUCUCCGUCGACAAAAUCUUAAGCAGUUUUCAACACGACGAUCUAAUCGAAUGUCAUCUCUACUGGUUAGAAUUAUACUCUCAACUAGCUCGACAACGUAGUCGACAAAUCGGCAAACACGUGGAAAGUUUCGCUAUCGUUUAUGACUUACAUGGAUGUAAACUUGACAUGAGAAAAAUGCUUCCACUUUUAAAACAAUCACUUUUCAUCGAUGAUAAUUACUAUCCGGAACGUUUAGGACAAUUAUUUAUUAUAAACCCGCCAUUGAUCUUUCCGACACUUUGGAGCAUAGUCAAGCAUUGGGUGGAUCCUGUGACGAAAACGAAGAUCUUAGUUUUGAAAAAAGGCAUCGAGACAACUACGACGCUAUUGCAAUAUAUCGAUGCAGAACAAUUACCGAAAGAAUAUGGCGGAAGUUGCCAAUCAUGUUCAACUAUAUCUGAAUGCAUCCCGGUAGAUGAAAAAUGA